AUGGAGCUCCGUCUGGUGACUCUCAUCCUCCUUUCGCUGUCGCUUUUUCUGGGCAGCGCUUCCACAUAUGACGCGGCGACGCCGUCCAGAACAAUUUCAAAUGACGUCAAAGAAUCCAUUUUGGUGCCGACUGUGGUCCAAACGGCUGCGCUUGAUGCCUCUCGAUCUAGGUUGCUGUCGACUUUGAUUACGAGCUGGUUCUGGGUUCCUGUGGAGGACACUAGUACAUCGGGUCCGGCAGGCGGUCCGGCGAUCACUGAGUUAACUACGACCAAUACUUGGAGCUCCUCGUCCAUUACGUGGGGCACCUCUACUUCGAGCACGCAAUGGAGUACCGCCGAUGUGUCGCCGUCCGCGCCGACAAGCUGGCCAUCAAGCCUCUUGACCCAAACCGCGAGCUCUGGCUCAAGCACUGUCGCCUUCUCAGAGUCCACACUGUUCCCAACUAGCUGGCCCUCGACCAAUUUGGACGCUUCCUCGGCAAGCAUGGCGUCAAGCAUGCCCCAUGUUUCUACGGUGAGCUUCGAGUCAAGCUCGCUCGGGGUCUCUGAGUCCAUGGCGCUGCCGACGAGCUUGCCUUCAAUCCCCUCUAGCGCCUUAACAUCGAGCCCUCCAUUGACCGCACCCGAGAUACCUCGGACUACGUCGACAAAUUCGUCCUGGAGCUUUACUACGUCCUCCCCUACGUCGGCUUUCGGUGUUCCCUCGACGAGCUCCCUGUCAAACACUCUCGCCGAGCCUUCAAUGGUGUCAACAAGCUGGUCAUGGCGCCCCUCCACGUCUUUCCCCACCUUCGAAUCUGGCUGGAAUGGCUCCGUUAGCUCUUCGACGCCGUUCUCUUCCCCUCUGGAGUGGACAUCCCCAGCACCGACGUCCAACCUGACCACGCUACCCAGCCUCUCGACGUCGAGCGUUACCUGGUGGAGUGAUGCUAGUCCGACGACGUUUUUGAAUCAGUCAACCACUUCUACGACAUAUCAGUCAUCUGAUCUUGGCGCGUCCUCUAACACAUGGACAAAUACUACGUCUUCGAAAUUGCAACAAUCGUCGUCAACCCAACUAUCCACGACGGGGGAUUUGAUUACGGAGACGGAUACGACAUCGUCCUCGGUCUGGCCUUCCACUCCGCCUAUGUUUUCGUCGUCUUCGAGCAUGUCAACGUCAUCCCAGACGAUAUCCCCACCAGUUGUCGUUCCGCCUCUCUUCCCCAGUACCACGGCGCCGACACCCGUGCCAGAGCUCCCGUCCCGGCCUCCCAACCUUCCAACUUUGUCGCCAUCGCAGCCUGGUCUGCCGUCCCUCCCCAGCGCGCCAUCGAAUCUUCCUACUGAUCUGCCUUCCUUCAAUCUAACGGGUACACCGCCGGGUACACACUCAGGUACGCGGACUGCUAUAUCCGGCACCGAAUCGGGCACACAAUCGGGCACGCAAGCGGCCACGCAAUCGGGCGCGCACUCGGGUACAUCGACGGGUACGGGAACGACUUCUUCGUCCAGCGCCGUUUCAAGUGACCUUGCAAAGGACAAGAAGGAGAUCACCGACGACAUUGAUAAGCUCUUGGAGGACCUCGACAAUGAUGAAGACGACGACGACAAGAAGCGCAAUAAGAUUUUAGAAAAGAUUGACGAGCUCAUUCCAAAGAUCAAGGGUCUGAAGGACAAGCUUCCGCCGGUUCCUGACCCUCCCGGAGGCUGCAAAAAGGCACCGAGGCCUAAAUGUGGCGUUCUUCAAUUUCUCUGCGAUAUUGCCAAGUCGGUCGUCGAGCUCGCCGUCUGUAUAGUCGACAACCUGUACAAGCUCCGGAAGAAGAUCAUGAUUAAAGCCUUCGAGGAGAUCUUUGACAUCAUUACCGACAUAAAGUUCCAGAAUCAGGGCUUGAACGAUUGGGAUGUGAGGAAAUUUCCAAACGGAGUUCCUACGCCGCCAGUCCCUUCGCCGCCAGUACCAACCCCACCAGUAACUCCUUCGCCGCCAGUGACCCAGCCUCCAACAACACAGCCACCAAGUACAGGACCAAAAUCAAGCGAACCCAACGGCUCCACAGGAUCGGAUGGCUCCACGGGAUCGGAGGGCUCUACUGCAUCAGGCUCGGGAUGCCGCACCCCUUCCGUCGUUUAUCAGACGUAUGCAUCGUGUCUGGAUACCCCCGUAGCUACGCAACCCGCCGCUACUACUCGCAGCUGUACCACCCGCACGUCGACAAUCACGGGCUGCAACAUCAAUGGCUUCCUGACCACGGUCUUCUCAACCGCCUCCUGCUCUGCGCGCACUGUGAGCGAUUGCAAUAUCAUCUGCACCGCAACCGUAACGACUACCGUUGGUGCUGGCUCGAAGCGGCAGGAGAAUUCCGCCUGCAGCACAACCUGCGGUCCUCCAAUCACCACGUGUGGCGGAAGUGCAACUACAAGCUCCUCUACAGUUACGACUACCAGCACGACUUCAGUACGCAUAUGCGCGCCGUCAUGUACCGCUUGCGCCAGUCCUGAGCCAAGCUGGAGCGGCACUUUCUCUCUUUCUAACGGAUGGUCCACCCCAGCUGAGACUGCCGCACCCACUGCUGCUACGCCGGCUAAACGUGGGCUCUCUAAGCGCGCUCUGCCCAGUCCGAAUGAUCCGCUUUAUGGGGGGAACGCGGCUCUUUUCAUAAUCAAUAUUUGUGCCAAUUACGCCCUUCGCCUUCCGCUCGGCUUGCCGCCUGAUCCCCCAACGACUGGCCUGACGCAGCGUUUAAGCCGGACCCGUGGCAGUGUGGCGAUAACCAACUUGUACGGCUGCACUGCGGUAGUGGUUGUAUCUCGAAGACGAUUCUGGCUUGCACAUUUCUGGGAAUCCUCCAUGAUCCCUGAGGACAGUUUUCACACCGACGUUCUCCAGCCGAUGGAAUUUGGUGGGGCUAACUCUCAAAUUCCGCUUGGCCUUUCUCCGUUCGCUGAACGCGGUGAAGACCUCGGUCAAAAUCCUAAUAAUAACGUCAGAGCCUUUAUCAUCACUCCUAAAAGCCGACGCGCGCCAGAUGAGCUUGAGUAUCCUGACCGGGUAAAUUCGAUGGCCGACCUCUUACGGAGGGUUAUAUUGCCAUAUGGAGACAAAACCUCCCAUCGCCAUAUCGUCCCCGUUACGACCAUCCCCUACGCUGUUCAGCCGGUAGAGUACCCAGAUCCCCCAUAUGUGAAAGCCGAUGGCAAGCUCGUGAUCAUCUACGAUCCGGUUCAGGAGCUGAUCCCGAGAGCUGGCGGCUGUGAAGAGCAGAUCGCGGCCUUGGAGAUAUGGUUUGGAGCAAAUAAUCGACCACUUGAUCGCGACACCUGGCCCGCUUUGUGGGACCAAAAUCUAUCGUACAAUCAAAAUGACCUACCGAAGCCAGAUCACGGGUCUGGCUCACCCAGCGGAAGCUUUGACUCGGCCGCCUUGAACGAGACUGAACCAGAGCUCGAACCUGAAGUGCCAUUCAUACCACUUUGCAACUUCCAGUCGCCGAACAGUACUGAAGACCUUCCACCUGCGGUAAACGGUUCUGUGACGGCGAAUUCCACCGACAUGUGGCCUUCUCGCACCCGCGGCCCUUCGACAAUGCCGACGCAAUUGAGCUCAGCCUCUCAAGGCCUGUCGACUUUCAUAUCGCCGCCUCCGAUGUUGACGACAUAUACGGCGACGGGUUCUGCCGUGAGGCCGUCGUCCGGCUCGACCGCCCAAGACCGGUCGACUUACAUAGAGCCCCCUCCGACGAUAAAUACGUUUACGACUAUCGUGAGAUUGACGACUAUCAUCACGCUGCCUUUCCCAUCUCUAGCACCUAGCACGAUAACCAAAGUCAUACCGGCACCUACUUCAACUACGCCGUAG